UUGGAGAAAAAGUUGCGCCUUUAUUAUUCUACCAAGAGGUGGCAGUAUUGCAACAUGCAACAACAACACAGAACGACCUAGAAGAAGAACGUCAAAGAUUUAUUUCCUCAGCGCUUUUAAUAAUAUUUCCUGCAUUAAAAUUGUGCUUUAAGAGGACUGCAAGCAUUUUAAACUUUAGCACAAUGGAUGAAACGGCUUUGGAUCCUAACGAAGGGGAUGUUGGGUCUUGUUUGGGAGCCACCGCAGGAUCUUCGGGUUCCCGUUUAGACUUGCAGUUGCAGGAUGCUGUACGGUUAAAGGCGGAGGGCAACGCAUUUUACCAGGAAAAAAACGUGCGCGCAGCCAUCGGACGUUAUCACCGUGCCUUGCUCGUUCUUCGUUGCCUGGACCCUGAGGUGACCUCUGCCCUUCAAGGGUUUGGCAGUCAGUUGCCUAAACUGAACCCAGAACAGGAGGAGCUGUUAAGAAACACCCAAGUAGAUUGUUAUAACAAUUUGGCAGCAUGUUUGCUACAGCAAGAUGUGGUCAACUAUGCUCGUGUAUUAGAGUACAGUCUGAAAGUCCUCCAUUGGAGGGCAGGUAACACUAAAGCCCUGUACAGAGCUGGGGUGGCAUCAUUACAACUAGGUGAUGCUCAGACUGCUCGACAGUACCUCUUACAAGCCAGCAAGAGCACACCCAAUGAUGCCAAGGUGAAGAAACAACUUCAGCGAGUGGAGGAGAGACUUGGCAAAGACUACCAGAAAGAAAAGGCGCUCUACAAAGGCAUGUUUAAUAAACAGAAACAAGCAGAAGAGCCCGUGCCCGAUGAGAAAAGCCCAAAAUAGGUCUAAAUGGACUUAUCAUACAUGAGUCAGAAGGCACACGUAUAAGACCCCUUAAAACGGAGCUGAUGGUUUCCUGAUAGAAAUGGGCUCUUGCAAAGUUUUGCUUUAGGAUACAGUUAAUUUGCCACAAAUGGCAUUUACACUAGUGGGAGUGACGUUCCUAUGCCAGGACUGAAUGUGUAUGACCGAAAUCUGGUGCAAAGUGGCAGCUUGAAAGACAAAUAUGUGCACUUAAAACCAAAAGCAUUUUAGUCACUUGCAUAUUUCCUCCCCUGAGAUUAAAGUCCUUACCUGUUUUUGUUCGUCCAAAUAAAUAUUUUUGAAAGUAUUCUUCUGUUUUUGUGAAUUGCUUUUGGGUUGACACUGAAUAAAGCUGUUGUUAAAGUGG